CAAUUUAACACCCGCAGAUUCUGCCAUGUCACUUCCUCUCUCUAAAAACCAGAACUCCUCAAUGUCAUUGCUGUGAUUCUCAUAAAGACCAUUGUCCGAAUCCUUCUUCUUCUUCUUCUUCUUCUUCUUCUGUCUUUUUGAUUAUUUUUAAAAAUUAAAUUUAACUUUUAUGCUGUAAGUCUGUAACCGGAGAAGAAAGGAACUAUGGGAGGUUGUACCUCCAAGCCCUCCACCUCCGCGGUGAAAUCCAACACUCACGCACCCAGAGACGCAAUUCCCCAAAAUGACGAUUCUACCCCUGCCCAUCACGAGAGAUCACCGGCUCGUACCUCAACAACCGCCGCAAAGGCUUCUCCUUUCUUCCCCUUCUACACUCCCAGCCCCGCCAGACACCGCCGUAACAAGAGCCGCGACGGAGGCGGAGGAGAGAGUAAGAGCGUCACCAGCACUCCGCUCCGUCAGCUCGCGCGUGCUUUCCACCCUCCGUCGCCGGUGAAACACAUACGUGACGUUCUGCGGCGGAGGAAGGGGAGGAAGGAGGCUACUCCACCGGCGGAGAGCAAGUCCGAGGAGGAGGUGGGGCUGGACAAGAGAUUCGGAUACUCAAAGGAGUUUCAGAGUAGGAUGGAGUUAGGGGAAGAGAUAGGGAGAGGGCAUUUUGGGUACACUUGCUCUGCUAAGUUCAAGAAAGGAGAGCUCAAGGAUCUUGAGGUCGCUGUUAAAGUCAUCCCUAAAUCUAAGAUGACAAGUGCAAUAUCUAUAGAGGAUGUGAGAAGAGAAGUGAAAAUCCUCCGGGCGUUGUCUGGACAUAACAAUCUUGUUCAAUUCUAUGACGCUUUCGAGGACAAUGCCAACGUCUACAUUGCAAUGGAGUUAUGUGGAGGUGGUGAACUACUUGACAGAAUACUAGCAAGGGGAGGGAAAUACUCUGAAGAUGAUGCGAAAGAAGUGCUUAUACAGAUCCUUAACGUUGUAGCUUUUUGUCAUCUACAAGGAGUUGUUCAUCGAGAUCUAAAACCAGAGAACUUCUUGUACACAUCCAAGGAGGAUAACUCUCAGUUGAAAGUCAUAGACUUUGGUCUAUCAGAAUUUGUCAGACCAGACGAAAGACUAAACGAUAUAGUGGGUAGUGCAUACUACGUAGCCCCUGAAGUUCUACACAGAUCUUAUACAACAGAAGCAGAUGUAUGGAGCAUAGGGGUAAUAGCAUACAUUCUCCUAUGUGGAAGCCGUCCCUUUUGGGCAAGAACUGAAUCAGGAAUCUUCAGAGCAGUUCUUAAAGCUGAUCCAAGUUUUGAUGAACCUCCUUGGACUUCCUUGUCCUUGGAGGCAAAAGAUUUUGUUAAGCGGUUAUUGAACAAAGACCCACGGAAAAGAAUGACAGCCUCUCAAGCUUUGAUGCAUCCUUGGAUCUCUGGUUGUAAAAAUAACAUGAAUAUCCCAUUUGAUAUUAUAAUCUUCAAGCAGAUCAAAGCAUACUUGAAAUCUUCUUCUUUGCGCAAAGCUGCUUUGAUGGCUCUGUCCAAGACAUUGAUUACAGAUGGAAUUCUUUAUCUGAAAGCACAGUUUGCACUCUUAGCACCCAACAUAAAUGGCCUCAUCACUUUGGAUAACAUCAGAUCGGCACUUGCUAUAAAUGCAACAGAAGCAAUGAAAGAAUCACGCAUCCCAGACUUUCUUGCAUUGUUAAAUGGACUUCAAUACAACAAAGGAAUGGACUUUGAAGAGUUUUGUGCAGCUUCCAUCAGUGUUCAUCAGCAUGAGUCACUUGAUUGUUGGGAGCAGAGUGUUCGCCAUGCCUAUGAGCUCUUUGACAUGAACGGGAACAGAGUUAUCAUCAUUGAAGAACUCGCUUCCGAACUCGGUGUUGGAUCAUCGGUCCCAGUCCAUACCUUUCUACAUGACUGGAUAAGGCAGACUGAUGGGAAGCUGAGCUUCUUGGGUUUCGUCAAACUGUUACACGGUGUCUCUACUCGACAGCCUUUAGCUAAAACAAGAUGAGCAAGGUAACAAACAUAGCAGGGAAUGGAUCUCAAGACCUUUACCGAACUAGAAAACAGAAUUGUAUUCAGACACAUUCCCAUGUCUAUAAUGCAAAAGUUCAAACAUAAGAAAAGAGUACUAGACCUAGAAAGUUGAAAUACAAUAGUGAUGUUGAUCCA